AUGGCCUGCGAAAGCAACAACGGACAGAGUGCCCACGUCACCCAGGAGGAUCCGCUGGUCGUUGUCGCAUCAUACAACAAGUUCGACAACCUUGCCCACGUCCCCCGAGGAACAACUGCCGGUCACACCCUCAGCUGCUUCCGACUACACCGCGAAUCGGCGACGAUGACUCUUCUCGCCGUCGAGGACACUCUCGAGAACCCUGCGUUCCUUCGGUUCCAUCCCGAAUACAACAUCCUCUACGCCUGCACGGAAGACAUCACCAAAGACAAUGAGGUCGCUUGCUUCUCCGUGUCGGCCACCUGCGGAAAGCUCACGCACCUCCGGUCCCAGAGCGCCAAGGGCAAAAGCACCUGCUACCUCGAGCUCGACAGCUCGCUGGAGCACAUGCUGUUCGUGAACUACUGGGACUCUGUGGUGGGGACCAUGCCUCUCACUUGCUCAGGCCUCCUUGAACCAGUUGUGAAGACCCUCAAGCCGGAGAGACCGGUCGUUGCUCGCGACCUGAAGGACCACCUGGCAAACCGACAGAGCGAGCCGCACGCCCACGCCAUCGUGCUGGACCCCUACUUCGGGAAGGUGGCCUUCAUCCCGGACCUCGGCAUGGACGUCAUCCAGCAGCACCACUACGACGCGAAGACCGGGGUGCUGACACCCUCGACGACCCUGGCCUGCGGGCCGGACGACCUCAAGCCACACGGCCCUCGCUACAUAUUCGUGCUGGUGAGCAACCGAGGGCACAACAGUAUCGCCGUGUUCGCCAUCAAGCAGACCACCCGCUGCGGGGAGGCGGGCUACCUGAGGGUGGUGAACUACUGCCACACCAAGGGCAAGACCCCGAGACACUUCCAGUUCGACCCCAGCGGCGAGUUCCUGCUGAGCGCCAACCAGGACACAGACAGCGUCACCGUAUUCAGGUUCGACAACGAGACCGGCAAGCUCACCUUCACGGGCGACGUCAACGACGUCCCCAGCCCCAACUUCGUGUGCGUGUUCCAGCCACACCGGAACGGGAGGAUGAGGCACGUGGCCAAGCUCUGA